UCCUUUAGUUCUUCAAAUGUCUACAAGGCGAGGAUACACAGGACACUGUAAAGGGACGUCCUGCAAAAACACUCCUCCGAUAUCUGCUAGCACGUGACUACAAGAAUACCUGUGGGUAAAACAAUUUACUAACUAGUUUAGCUAUUCCAGCGAAAAGAUGAUGGCAUUACACAGCGACUCUGCCACUUGGAUAAGAAUAGCAACGCUAGUUUAUACUACAACUUACAUCAACUUCAACUACCUACUCGUGUCUGCGGGUCCUUAUGUGUCACGUGAUACAGGGGGCGCACGACAGUUCUGGCAUGUGACUGACUUGCAUUUAGACCCUUCAUUCCAUUUAACUGAUGAUCCCAGGAAAGUCUGCUUUUCAUCAAAAGGAUCUCCAGCUCUGAAUCCAGGUCCUUAUGGGGAUUUUCUCUGUGAUGCUCCAUAUCUUCUGAUCCGGUCAGCCUUUGAGUAUAUGAAACAGAUUGAUCAGCACCCUUCAUUUAUGUUAUGGACAGGAGACAGUCCACCUCAUGUCCCAGUUAAGGAACUUUCCACUGAUGUGGUGAUAAAUGUCAUUCGAAAUAUGACGUUGACGAUACGCGAGUUCUUCCCAGAGCUCCAGGUGUUCCCAGCUUUGGGUAACCAUGACUACUGGCCUCAGGAUCAGCUCCCUGUUUCUACCAGUGAAGUUUAUAAUGCUGUGGCAGAUAUGUGGAAAUGCUGGCUGACGGAUGAUGCCCUUGCCACCUUGAGGAAAGGUGGCUUUUAUACCCAAAUUUGGAACUCAACUGUUACUCAGCAGGUCCUGCGAAUAGUCAGCCUAAAUACAAAUUUGUACUACAGUCCUAACAAGGAAACUCUGAAUGUAACAGACCCAGCUCAGCAGUUUGAAUGGUUCGAAGGAGUACUGAAAAGUGCACGGCAGCAUAAAGAACAGGUGUAUGUGAUAGCUCAUGUUCCAGUUGGUUACUUGGCUUUCGCAAGAUACACUCCUGCUAUGCGGGCACACUUCAAUGAAAGACUAGUGAAAAUCCUUCGCACGUACAGUGACAUCAUUGCUGGGCAAUUUUUUGGACACACCCACAGAGAUAGCCUUAUGAUCCUACAUGAUGAAAAAGGAAAUCCUGUCAACUCUUUGUUUGUUGCUCCAGCUGUAACUCCUAUCAGGAAUGCUAUGGAGACAGAGUCUAAUAACCCAGGGGUGAGACUGUUCAAAUAUAAUGAGGAUGAUUACAAUUUGCUGGAUAUCUGGCAAUAUUUCCUGAAUCUCACAGAAGCCAAUGAGGAGAAGAAGCCUGAUUGGAAGUUGGAGUAUGUCAUGACAACAGAAUAUGGCAUCAAAGACCUGCAGCCUAGUAGUUUGCAUCAACUUGCAAAGCAGUUUACAGAAUCCCAAAGCAAACAGUUUUCCAAAUAUUAUACCAAUUAUAUUGUUAGUUAUAAUGACACUUUUACUUGUACUGGUGAUUGCAAGUUAAAUCAAGUGUGUGCUAUUCAGUAUUUAGAUGUUGUCUCAUAUGUUAAUUGUAUUCUCCACGGAGGCCUAUGAAUCUACUUUACAUUGAAGAUUAAGCAUUUGAAAGGAUUAUUAAAAAAAUUGCCAAAAUCAGAUUUACAGAUUUUCCCAUUUUAGUGUUUUUUUAACUGCAAUGUGAAGCAAAAUCCUUUCUGCAUUUAAACUUGUAUCAGCAGGUGCCUAUAAACGUUUAUGACAACUAUACUUAUAUGUGCUUUCAUGCAUGCAUGUAUAUAAUCAUAGAACUAUUUCAUUGGCAAUUUUCAUGGAACUGGUUCCUUACUUGUACUUCACCAAGGCUGUCAAGAAGGCUGUCCUGAACAUUGAAUUUUCUCGUUGUUUGGAUGAAAUAAAUUUCUGUAAAUUUCUCAAAAA